AACUGACGACAUGUUGGAUCGUAGUGCGUUGGGUGUUGCCCUGUUGUCUGCAUUCAGGUCAGUGAGCCGAAAUGACAUCUGAACAGUAGCGGUUUCCUCGUUCCCGACUGUGAACUUGGUAGUAUGCUAAUGUGUGCAGCCAAACAAGAGAUGCUUGUCAGAACGCGUUGAGAAUAGCUGUCACGAAAUGCAUCUAAUGUGAGAUCAUCUACGCUUCGCUUUUAUCGUGGGGAAGGGAUCUAGCCUUAGCAAAUGUCCUGAAGAAAAUGGAAGAGUGGAAUCCAAUCGUUGGAACCUUUUCCGACGAUGAAAGGUCAAGCUCCGAAGGCGAAUACACACUCGCAACAGGAAAAACAGAAGGCGCCGAGAAAGCGCAGGACGGGGCUGAGAAGGGACUGGACGGGGGAGCAACCAGCGAUGGGUUUGGCAUCGCUAGUUUUGGGGACAAAGCGCUCAGGCUGAAUCGGACUGGUCAGACAGCCGAGCAGGAACUCCGAUACCUGCACUUGUUGUGGGAGCCAGGGCGAGCUGGCCCCACGGCGGGAGUCGGAAGUAAAGCGGGGAAAGUGACGGGAAGCCGAGCCAGACGCCAUAUGAGAGUCCGGCGGAAUGUGGGGCCGAUAGGGAAAGAUUUGUAUGCUGUAAAGAGGCUCCGAGAGGCUGCGAAUGGAAAUGACAUAGACACAGUGCGGCGUCUUCUGGAGGACGACAUCGAUCCCUGUGCGGCGGAUGACAAGGGAAGAACAGCUUUACAUUUCUCCUCCUGCAACGGAAAUGAGACUAUUGUGCAACUGCUGUUGAGCUAUGGAGCAGAUCCUAACCAGAGGGACAGCCUUGGGAACACCCCUUUACACUUGGCUGCCUGCACAAAUCAUGUGCCUGUCAUCACGACUCUACUGAGAGGAGGUGCUCGUGUGGAUGCUCUGGAUCGUGCUGGAAGGACUCCACUGCACCUAGCUCGUUCCAAACUCAACAUCUUGCAGGAUGGAGACUCCAGGAGUCUGGAGACACUACGAGGAGAAGUCACACAGAUCAUUCAGAUGUUGAGGGAGUACCUCAACGUGAUGGGCCAAAGCGCAGAGCGUGAGAGACUUGAACACAUCUCCACACAGCUGCAGCAUACACGCACUAAGGAACAGGUUGAUGAAGUAACAGACCUGUUGGCAAACUUCACAUCUCUCAGCUUGCAGAACUUAGGUGAUAGGUAGAAAUGAUGGCCAAGUGGAAGGUGUCGGUACGCUGUGCGUGUGUGGGUGCUUUUUGUGCACACAUGUAAUUGAGACCAAUUUUGACUGGUGACCAUUUUAAACACUUAAAAAUAACUAUUUUCCCCACACAUUGGAGUCACAUCAUGUCUUGUAGCCUAUUCUUCAGCUCUCUGCUGAAUACUGUUUUUCUGUCUCAAGAUCUGUGAUGCCUUUUUUCUGUUGCCUUUUAUGGAUGUCAUUUGUUUAUGGUAAAGAAAUUGUGUUUUUUGUACAUGGAUGUUGAAAUGAAGUGAAGAAUUAAUUAAAAAAUGAUAAAAGGGG